UUGUCUGAAGAUGCUGACAAGAGCUGAACUUCUGUCUUUAACCAAACAAGUUCACCAGCUAACAUUGAUGUAACAUGUUUUUACCUGAAAUUACACCAAUCUCCAAAGAGUAACCUGCUCACCAUCAUCAUACAAUUUCCUCCACCUGAACUGACUGUGUAUCCACAGCAGAUCACAGUUUCAGACUCAGUCAUAGUGAACUGUGGGACUCCUUCAUCUGUUUCUGUGGAGAAUUGUUUUUUAUAUUUCAUAAACUCAAAGAUGUCCAGAAGCAUUUCCUGUGAGCAAACACUGAUUACAGGAAGUGAGCUCCUGAUGAUGACACAUCAAACUUCACCUGCUGAGGUUGAAUUAAAAUGUUAUUACAUGGUGAAGCGUGGAGGACUGCAUCAGUCUCCAUACAGCAAAACGUCUACAGUCACCGUCCACAAUGUUCAGGAAACAGAAUCGACCAAGUUUCAGAGAGUAACGACUGUCAGUGUGACUGAUGGUCAAACAUUUAGGACAACAGUGGAAACAGAAAGUCCAUUUUCUGAUCCCCCAUCAUCAGUGAAUCCUUCAUUAUUUGGUACAACAGAUACAAGUGGAAGUACCACAGUCAACACUUUAGGCUCAGUUUCUACUUUGUCAACGUCACCAUCAGAGGCACCAGUGAGUCACAUAACUGAUGUAAGUGAGUCAGAUUUACUCACACAACCUUUGACCCCUGCCCAGAAAGACUUGACGACCUCCCAGACCAUCGUCCCAGUGUUCCCAGUUUCCACUGUGAUGAUGAUCUGGAGGUUCAUUGCAGUUGGAUUGAUCUCUUUAAUCCUGAUUGGAUUGACUCUAAAAUGUUGCAUAAGCAGAAUGGAGAAAUGUUUUUCAAAAAGAUCAAAAGCUGAAGUUUCAGUGGAGCAGAUCCAGAUGUCUGGUCUGAACAACAGAGAUGAGUGACGACUGAACCUCAUCCAUCCAAACUUGUUUUAUCUCAUGUAAUUUUAAAAUACAGCAGCAUCUCUAUAACAAAGCUGUUUGAAUUUACCAUAAUUUUUUUAUAUGUUUUCAUUAAAAAUACGUAUAAAAUCUGUUAAAAAUGCCAUGAUGAAUAAAAUG